AUGGAAUGGUGGGCGGAGUUAAAGUUGAAUGACAGGUAGAGAGAGUCGGUUGGAAAAUGACAGUUGAAAGGAGAGAGAUUUGGCUGUGAGAGUCUGAGGGAAAGGGGGAACAAGAUGAGAGGCAUAAUUGAAGUAUAUGUAACAGAGUUAGGACAGUUGUUCUUAAAGGUAGAAUAGGCAGUUUCAUGUAUUUUUAGUCUGGACUUAGAGGAGUAGCUGAGGAACUGACUUUAGUGAGAACUUGGGGACAGGAGCUUGUAGAUUUGCCCAGGAAAUGUCACAAUUUGUUGGCAGCCUGGUGGGAUCUAAAGCUGUGAGAUAUUGCUAUAUAGGAGUUAAAACUGUGAGAGUGGGAUCAAAAUUUAAUAGCAGAGUAGGGUCCUAAUAUAUAGGAGCUAAAUCUUCGAGAGCAGAUUCACAAUUUGGCCUCAGCGGUGUGGGAUUUGAAGUUAUGGGUUAUUAAUAUAUAAGAGUUAUGUAUCUGAGAGGAGAAUUUGUAAGAUUUGAAUGUGUGAGAUACACGUUAGUGGGAUUUUUGAAACAGUGUAAUAAAACCAGUGAGUCACCUUGAAAUGCUUCAAAAUUUGAUUGCAGAACAAGCGCAACAACUUUGUUUGGGUCUGAGGAGAGAAAUUAAAGAAUGCUGUGUAACAAAGCACCCAGGUCAAAAGAGGCUUGUAAGGAUGAAGCUAUGGAUCUUGACUCAAUAGACUACUGGAGGAUAAAGGAGGUGCUGGAGAUGACACGUCUGGAAGUGGAACAGAAGAAGAAAACGAAAGAGAGUCAGAAAGAAUUGGAAUUAAUGAUGAAGGACAAUAAAAGAAACCAAAGAGAGAUGGAGCAUCAGAAACGGAUAGAACGGGAGCAGAGGAAGAAGUAUGAAUUAGCGAUGUUUAGAAGGGAAAUAAAGGAGAAACAGGCUGCCAGAGAAUAUGAGGAGGUAGGAUCUGUGAAGAGAGUGUCCCAAGCAGGCCUUGCAUUGAAUGUUUCAAAGGUAGAGCAGUUUAUCUUGGAGAAACGAAGAUUGCCUGAGAGCCAAUUUAUGCCAGAAGUGGGAGAUGCCAUUAGUAGUCCAAAGAGGCCAGUUGAGGCCUGCAUUUUGCCCACUGGCGGAGGGGAUGAUCCUGUCUUCCUGGAAUUGGCUGAUAAGGCCAAGAUGCCCAAAGACAUAGGGGAGAAGCCAGCUCAAGAGUCGGAGCGCAUUCAAGAAGAUGUAGAAUGUCUGAAAGAAGAGCUCACAGUAGCCAGUGCUGCAAAGGUAGAGCUACAGUUAAAGCUGGAUGAGCUACAGAGAUCAAUAAAGUAUUCUGAGAAAAAAUGGGAGGAUGAAAAAGAAUUCUUGCAUAAUCAGAACAUUCGGUUGGCUACAGAAUUGAAGGCAAAAACAGAUGAACUUCUGGUUCUUGCUUGGGAAAAAAGAAGUGAAAUUGUGGGUCUUCAGUAUGACCUGCAGAACAAGAAAGAAGAAGUGUCCUGCAUGGAAAAGGAAGUCAGUGAACUAAAAAAAUCAAAUGAAAAUCUACGGAAACAGGUGGCAGAUCUUUUAGUAGAAGUGAAGGAGGCAAAAGUACAGCAGCGACCUAGUAUGGAAGAGAGAUCCCACAAUGAACGAAACACCCAUAUUGAGUUGUCUAAUUCAUACAAGACUUUUGCUGAUGAAUGGGAGACAAAAUGCAAAGCAUUAUGUCAAGGUAUACAGGAACUGUGCAAAUAUCUGAAAGGUGCAAGUGAAGCUAACAAAGAAAUACAGGAUCAUUUGGUUGAGAUGCAACAAUACAUGGGGGGAAAUAAAGGAAAAGAUGCAUUAGCUGGAGGAAUAAUGGGACAGAUGCAUAGCUGAGGCUGACUGACCCAAAGACACCAAACGAGUUCAUAAUGGGGCAAGCAUUGUCCUAGGCAUAAAUCUAAUACAUUCUCCAAUCAUGGACCAAACUGGCUAAGCACUUUCAAACGUUAUUCCUAUAUACACAGCUUGACUGAGGAAAUCUGUACAGUGUAUGCUGAAUGCACUGUAUUUGAACUGACAACACAAAAGGUUAAAAAAUAUUGCCACCCGUUGCCAGUCUCUUAAGCCAUCCAAUAUGCCUGUAUAUUAAAAGAUCUGGAAUAUCUCCCUUAUGAAUUUAGUUCGCCUAGGAAUAACAUAUUUUUAAGUGGUUACAGCCACACAGGAAAAAUUAUUUUUGGAUAAGUAGGUCAGCUCUGUAACAGCACAGGUGUUUCUGCAUGUACAAGACACAGCAGGAAAAUGUUUUUAAAUAAAUAAAUGUUGCAAUGCAAAUUAAAAAAAAGGGGGGGAGGGAGAGAGAAAACACCCUCUGAACCCAAAAGCAACCCCUACUCAUGAGCCAGUAUCCUUUUUAAUGAAUCUGGCACAGUUUCAAAAUUUCCACUCAUAACCAUGCCUGUUUGAUCUCUAUGAGGUAUAGCAAACAAUUGUAAAAGAGUUUCUGGCAGAAAAAAAAGUACCAUUGGCUUAUGCUGGUGUGUAUCAAAAAGUUCCCACUUACAAAUCAGCAAUAAUUAAGUGCACCAUCAAAAGAUAAAAAUAAAUAUGCCACACCUGCUUUCUCUGGCACGCUGUUUCAGAUCCUGUAGGCUCAGCAAGCAGCAUUUCAUUUCUAAAGAAAGAGAAGUGUCAGGACUGUAGAUAACCUGAAGAAACACAAGCCUGCUGACCUAGGAGUCCAGAAGGCAUAAAAAAGUAAAGGUACCGCUGACCGUUAGGUCCAGUUGCGGACGACUCUGGGGUUGCACACGCUAUAGACCAAGGGAGCUGGUGUUUGUCCGCAGACAGUUUUUCCGGGUCAUGUGGCCAGCAUGACUAAGUUGCUUCUGGCGAACCAGAAGGCCUGUGAGAGGUGAGAGCCUGGGGAUUGCUCUCUUGCCAUGGUUGUGCUUGGAUAUUGAGGAUCUCACAAGUAUGAGGUCUGACUGAAGCUGCUUUUAACCACUCCUGGGAGGGAGGUGACCCUGGCUCCUCCAAACAUUUGGGGUGGGGGGAGAGACUGCAGUUUACUAGUAGAGCACAGGCCUCGACACCUACAAUUAAAGGACCUGGAAUCUCCUUCCUUGGAGAGCCAGUGUGGUAUAGUGGUUAAAGCGGUAGACUCGUAAUCUGGUGAACUGGGUUCGCUUCCCUGCUCCUCCACAUGCAGCUGCUGGGUGACCUUGGGCCAGUCACACUUCUUUGAAGUCUCUCAGCCUCACUCACCUCACAGAGUGUUUGUUGUGGGGGAGGAAGGGAAAGGAGACUGUUAGCCACUUUGAGACUCCUAAGGGUAGUGAUAAAGCGGGAUAUCAAAUCCAAACUCCUCCUCUUGGAGAGCUUAGAUGGCCAUUUAGUUGAGACCCCUGCAUUGCUGGGGGUUGGAUUAGAUGACCCUCAGGGUCCUAUCCAAGUCUGCAGUUCUACAAUUCUAUGAAACGCUUAAGCAACAGAGCUCCAAUUUGGGAUAUAGUUGACGGCUGGCAAGACAGCAUUCCUGCACAGGCACCAAUUUUGUCUUUUUCAAGAAGAGAAAUUGUGUGAUUUCCCAAAGUGCUGGGAUAAGAAAAACUAUGAGAUUAAGAUUGUUGCAAAAUAUUAUGUUUCUUGCUGUGAGAAGAGCAUCGCUAAAAAGCACAAGCAACUCCAAUGAUUUUUGUUCAAACUUUAGGAUAUCUCCACCAGCAGGGGGCACUGCAGUGUGACAUUUAAGGAGCAAGACACAAGUGGAAUUACAUUUGAAGCAAUCAUUUCAGUACAAACAGGUUCAACCUUUAGUAACUGUCUCUGGAAAAUGCCCAAAUUAUCACCUGCAAGUUGAAAAGCAAGAGGUACUUUUAUUGAUAUGAUUAGUUGGCCAAUAUAGGUAGAGAAUGAAAGGGAGAAAGAAUAAAAUACAUGUUUUUGUUUUUUAAUCUUGCAGGUGACGCAUAACUUCUGAUCUCACCCCUUUAGGGUAAUUACAUAGAACAUGAAGGCAUAAUUUUAAGAGCAAGAAGGGGCUGCAGUAAUUAGAAAACAUGCAAAGAUCGCUAAGUCAUUAUAGCGUGCAAGGCACUGACAAAUUUAGCGGUUAAUGGCACACAUGCAUAGAUUAUUCUGAAUCAUUGGUAUCCUUUGAGGCUUUGCCCAGGAUUUCUUAGGGAAUGUGCUCAUAAAGUAAUGUCUACAGCACCCUUCACUAUGGGGAUACACCAGUGGUGCUAGGUAACAAUCUUCCUAACAGCUUGGAAAUUGGCCAAUUACUUGUGGAAAUAACUUCUAUUUCUGGGUGAAACUUCUCAGAUUUUGGUGCAUUGGCAGGAUACUGAGCAGAAUCUGAGCAUGGCCAUAUUUAAUGUGCUUUAUUUUAUAUAUAUGUAUCUAUAUAUAUCCAUUCUUAAGGAAAUCAGUCCUGAGUGCUCACUGGGAGGACAGAUCCUGAAGUUGAGGCUCCAAUACUUUGGCCACCUCAUGAGAAGAGAAGACUCCCUGGAAAAGACCCUGAUGUUGGGAAAGAUGGAAGGCACAAGGAGAAGGGGAUGACAGAGGAUGAGAUGGUUGGACAGUUUUCUCGAAGCCACCAGCAUGAGUUUGACCAAACUGCAGGAGGAGUGCCUGGCGUGCUCUGGUCCAUGGGGUCACUAAGAGUUGGACAUGACUAAACAACUAAACAAUAUAUAUAUAUAUAUAUAUGAACAGAAUGAACUCAGAGCAGACAGUUCUGAGUGAGGUGGACAAAUAGACUGCCCUGACAUAAGGCAGUUUCCUAUGGAAAACAGAUCUAACACAGAAGGGAGAGUCUAAUAGAUAAAAGUGGUGCAUAGCGUCACAUGGGAUGAAGAUGGUUUAAAAGUAUGACACAAUUCAUUAUGAACAGUUCUCUUUGUAAACAAAGGAUUACAGAGGUUGGCCGUCAUGGAUGCUUUAGCUGAGAUUCCUGCAUCACAGGGGGAUGAACUAAAUGACCCUUGUGGUCCCUUCCAGCUCUACAAUUCUGUGAUUCUAUGAAAGGAAGCUUCAUUCUACCACAUCAAACUAUUUCUCCGUCUCUAGCCUAGCAUUGCCAAUCUCACUGGAAGUGUCUCUCCAGGUGCUUGACAGAGUUCUUUGCCACCACCUUUUGCACGACACCUUUGACAAGAAUUGCCUGGGAUCAAACAUUUAUCUGCAUGCAAAGCUUGUCCCUUUCCAGUGUGAUGUCAGCCGAAGGGACAACUUGCUUGCUCUGCCUGCCGAGAGGUACAUGAGUGGCUUCUGCUCUGGGAACAUACAUAGAUCUUCACAUGACUUCCCUCUUGCACAAGAUGCAGGAGUUCUCCUUUACUCUAGAAAUGUGGCUCAGGAAUGGGGAAUCUAUGGCUCUCCAGGUGCCACCCGACCCUUCCAUCACCUCUAGCCAGCAUCGUUUGUAGGCAAGGAUUAUGGGAGAUGUGGUCCAGCCGCAUCUUGAUGGUUGCGGGUUUCCCGCCAGUGGUAUAGCUUGUGUGAACACCAUUCAUAGUAGACCACAUUUAAUUCUUUACAGUUGUAUGUUUUGCAGUAAGAGAGAGAGAGAGAGAGAGAGAGAGAAGAAGAAGAAGAAGAAGAAGAAGAAGAAGAAGAAGACAUUGUGCAAAACAGGUCUGUAAGUAGGUUAAUGAGAUGUAGUGGGAAAGCAAAGGGAUGUAUGCACAGAACUGCCCCCCUCUACUAAAGCGUAUGGGAAAACGCUUGUGGGUGGAAGAUUUGUAUGAGCGAUGGAAGUUCUGUGCCUGCAAGGAAUUAUUGGAUUAACCUGAUUGUGUGCACAUAUAUAUAUAUAUCCCAAACUGAUGCAGAAUGCCAGUGCAAUCACAGUCAUGGGAAAAAAAAGAAAACAGAAUAUACAUGUGAGGAAAUAAAUCUUUACUUAUGGGUACAAUUUCACAAGCCACACCUGUGUUUGAAGAUACAUGCAGCUAUAAUUAAUGAAUUUACCUCCGAGAGAAAACUGUGAGAGAAGACAGCUGUGAACCUUGCCUUUAAAAAUGCAAGAAGAGGCCUGAAGUUGAUAGAGGGGAAAUAUUGGGCUUAUUUGAUUAAACUCUGAAUUUAAUCAAACAGGCAUUUUGUUUUUCGGGGUGAUUUCUUUUUUUUAAAUGCCAUAAAUUUAUUUUAUUUCAUACACUGCUUGAUUGUAGAAAAAACAACACCUCAAAGCAGUCAAAAAGUCUCUCAUUUUCAUGGCACAUUUAUCUGUAAAUCUAGUGUGCAGCAAAGUCUCAGAAUUCCAAUAAUAAGCAGAAGUCCUUUGAAAUAUUGUUUGUUACUAUAAAAUUAAGGUUAUAGGAGCUGGUUACAUUUUAUGUUAGGUUAGCUCCAUGAGCAACCAGCGAAACAGUAUAAAGUUUCCUAAGAUUUGAAAUGCAGCGGUAAUGGCUUCCGGAAGUACAUUGGCUGGAAAGCCAUGGUGGAAGGAGGAAGAUUGGUGAUGUGGGUUGGGGGGGAGGGGGCAAGCUAUGUUUUACUUCCAACUGACACGUGCCACAGCGCAAGAUGAAUAAAAUCUGCAUCUUUUGGUCCUGUCUUCUGGCAUGGUCAGAGCGUGGCAGCCAAAACAGGGCAUCCGGGAUUGGGAUCAGAAGCUAGGAUGUAAUGCUUAAAAUGGGACAGUUGCGUAGUAUGCUAGUCCAACAUCCUGUUUUCACAGUAACCACCCAGAUGCCUGUGGGAAACUCUCAACAGGACCAGAGUGCAAGAUCACUCCUCCCUCCUGUGGUCUCUAGCAACUGUCAUUCAGAAACAUGACUGUCUGUGACCGUGGAAGGAGAGCAAGAGAGGAGAGCAUGUUAUGAUAGCUAAUUCCAUUCAUUAAGGAGUGUGUCCUUUUGGCAGUCCUGAAUUGCAUUGCAUAGAAGUGCAUUUCUUUGUAUGAUUCCAAGUUCUAAGAUUACAAAUCUGAUUUUAUUUGCAACCAUGUCUCUAUCAUACCCUCAUCAGCUCUUUAUCUCUAGUCUAAAUAUGCUUGAUGUGAUCCAGUUUCGAUAUUGAGCAUUUUAUAAAUGUUUUGGUUAAAUCUACUCGGUGCUUUUUUCUGGGGGGAUGCAGGAGUAUGCAUACCCCUAAACAUUUUGUGAAUCUAAGUUUGGUCUCAUUGAAGGGCAGUAUUUCAAUAUGAGUAGGAAAAUGAGAGUCCCCCUAAACGUAUUUUUUAGAAAAAAACACUGAAUAUACUGCAGGAAAACUAGUGGUUAACAGGGAGUGACAAAGGGCAAAAUGAUUUUUUUAAUAUCCUACACAGUUAUAAAAAUCGUGAUGAGCUGUGCUUAUUUUCCAGAGAAAGGAGCAUAGUUGCACCUGCAGUAGGGCUAUGUUUUCUUUAUCGCUGUGACAGAUAACAUGAAUCAUGGAUUCUUGCAGAUUUUUCCUGUGUACAUCAUGGGCUUCCUCUUAUUUAUCACAAUUCCUAUAGGAACCAACCCUGGCCUUGAGUAAUAAGUAUGUUGCCAUGCUCUGGGACAUGAGUUGAAAAAAGAAGUUUAUUAUACAAGAUGACUCAACCCUGCCUGCAGCCACUGAGAGCAAAAGGGAGGGGAAAUGUUGACAUCUUGACCUUCGUAUUAUCAAGCCCAACUCCACACUCAUUUGUUUAUAUCUCAACUAGAUCCACUGAGGUGAGGCCCUGCGCAAACCUGCAAACUGUAAGGGAGUGGCAGAUGUAGCAACAGAAGGACUUCAGUUCAUCUGCGCUGUAAAGAAAGCCGACACAGGAGUCAGGUAAGCAGCCUGGAGCAGUGGUUUUCAACCAGUGUGCCGUGGCACCCUGGGGUGCCUUGAAUGAUAACCAGGGGUGCUGUGGGCAACACUGGCCUCUGUUCCUCUUUCCUUCCACCCUUCCUCUAAUGUUCUCUUACGUCUCUGUUUCCCAAAGGCUUGCACAGCUGCAGCAGUCCCAACUACAAGCUCCCCAGGCGAAUGGUGCCUCUGGGGAUGGCCAGUGGGUGCUUCCCAGGCCCCUGUAGGGCAGUGUGAGGAGGCACCUCUCUUUGGGGGCAGGGGGGCCAGCUCAGAGACCAGGGGUGGCAGCUGAGGAGAGGGGAGAAGAGAGGAGGCUGGAGGAACACUCCACAAGGGAGGGUUUGAAAAGGGGUGAGGGGCUGCCAGGUCUGCAGGCAAGGGGUGACAUAACUGGGCUCCUGAGCCCCACAGGGAAGCCGCAGAAAGAAUGUAGUUGGUUAAGCAAGCUGUGGAUCCAAAAAGGUUGAAAACCUCUGGUCUAGAGGUUCAUUCCUCACAGAGACUCAGGCAAAUAUUGUUUAGGGGCUCAAGAGCGAAGAACAUACCGUACUCACACUGCAGUCAGUAUGGCCACCUAAGAAUGACAGAAUAUGAAGAGGUGUGGAAUUAAGAAAGAACACAAGUGUGAAAGCAGAAGACAGCCAGUGGCAGGAUAAAUAGAGCAAGGAAGCAGUACACUGAGAAGCGUGGAACAAAGGACAGUAAUGUGUGUUUUAGGUUAAUAAUACUAAUACUAAUAAUAAUACUAAUAAUAAUUUUAUUAUAUAUACCCCCCCCCAAAUCUGGCUGGGUUUCCCCAGCCACUCUGCGUAGCUUACAGCAUAUAUAAAAACAUAAUAUGGACAUCCACUAAUGGCGGAAACAAAAGCACCAUUCAGGUGAGCUGCAGUUAGGGAUGGGAGAAAUUUGUUUUGGGUUGCAUUUACAGGUGAACCUAUCUAAUCUGCCCUUCCCGAAACGAAAUGUGAAUCAAGACACAGCCAUCCUUUGAAAUUUGAACUUCCUUAAAUUUUGCCGUUCAGUUGUCCAUUUGACUAAUGUGUAGAAAAAUGUAUAUGGUGGAGUAAAUUCUGUACAUAAAUGUGUUUCUUCGCGAAAAUAACACAAAAUGCUAGUGCCUAAAAUUUAUUUACUUAAAAAAAUUUGUACACUUGAUUGUAGUAAAAACCUCAAAGCAGCUGCAACUGUGGGCUAGUCAUGUGUUACAACUUAUAGCCCUGCAUCAGGUGUACAUUCCAAUUUGCACCAAAAUACAUAUUUGGACGAUUCAACAAAUGUGUGGACGAUCAUCAAAAUGGGGAUGGGGAAUGUGUCUAUAAGCAUUGGCAAAACUACUGCAGAUCUCCGGUGCUGGGUUGCGGGUAAAUGAUGUCAGGCUUUCUUUUCUUUUCUUUUCUUAUAGAUUUUGCAGCGGUUGGAGAUCACUCCAAAAUACAGUACAGACAUUCUUCCACUUACGCACAAGCAACUUGCACGUGACCACAUAUACCUGCAUUGGUAGGAUGUAAAUAAUUCAAUUCAAACCCGGAAAUGGCGAGAGAGAACUGGAGAGUCCACGUGGCUUGUGAGGAGACCCUCCCUAGAGCCCGAAGAGAAUGUCAGUGAGGGUGAAUGAAGUCCUGAGGAGACCAGAGGCGCAGUGGGGCUUUGUUUAUGCUGCUCAGCCUCCCCAUCUAACAGCUGACCUGUGGAGUAGCGUAGCAUCAGCAGCCUCUUUUCCUCGCUUAUUCCUGCCUCCUGCCGGCCCCAGAUCUUCAAUUCUAGUUGUGGAUAUUUUUGGAUACAGUAUUUUUGGUAUGGAUUGAAGAAAGAGCGGCAGAGAGGAUGUUUAAAGGGUGUUUAGAGGGUGCUCCCCACUUAAUAAAUUUCACCUGCGUAAGUUGGGGGGGGGUGCCUGUAGAUACUUAUGAAGAAGGUAGGUAUACUGGUUUGGUGUGCAGAGACCUGUUAAAAAUGUGAAUUUUGAUUUCCUAUUAAAAGAGUGAAAAAUA